AUGGAGAAUAUUACUAGUAAUUAUAACUUACCAUCAUCGUAUGCCAUAGGUCGACCAGAACCAAAGGUCAGAUGGUGGCGGGGAGAGACAUUGGUGGAUACUGGAAACGAAGGAAUUUCCGGACAAUUCACAGCGUCAUCAUCUUCAGUAAAACAAAACGAAUUGACCAUCGAAGCGCUUGGACGGUACGAUCAGGGAGCCGUGUACACUUGCCAGGCUUCAAACAGCAACUUGUCCGCCCCCGUCAGCGCCAGCGUCACGAUCGAAAUGUAUCUCAAACCGUUGAACGUGCAAGUGCUCAGCAGCAGACAGCCGCUUAGUUGCGGCCGAACGUACGAGGUUCAGUGUCAAGCAGUGGGUUCCAAGCCGCCGGCMAAUGUGACGUGGUGGAAAGACAAUGAGAGGUUGACCAAUGCUACGCAGACCGUAUCACCAGAUGGCAAUAUAACAUCAUCUACUUUAACUUUUCAACCAACAAAGUCAGAUAAUGGUAAAUCAUUGGUAUGCCGAGCCGAGAAUCAAAACGUACAACAAUUAGAUGAGAUGGCUGGUGGAAAAGUGGAAGAUUCGUGGACGAUUGAUGUGCACUAUGUACCAAUAUUGAAACUGGCUUUGGGAAUCAACAUGAAUCCGGCAGACAUUGAAGAAGGAGACGAUGUAUAUUUCGAGUGCAAGAUCGAUGCCAACCCACCCGCUUACAAAGUUAUUUGGAAGCAUAACGGUCAAGUGGUCCAGGGAAAUGUGAAAAGCGGUGUGAUUAUGAAUCAAAAGGACCUGGCACUUCAAAACGUCAAGAGACAGCAAGCGGGGAACUAUUCGUGUUUGGCUAGCAACGUGGAGGGAGACGGCGAGAGCAACGUCGUUCGGCUAACAGUCAUGUUGAGACCCGACCCACCUUUCAACUGCACUUCGGGUGACCGGACRCUGUUCUCGGUACACGUAUGGUGCACACAAGGGUUCGAUGGAGGCGUCGCUCAACGCUUUGCCUUGGAAGCGUACGACUCGGCGGGCCGUGCUGGCUCCGACGGCGGAGAGUCGUCUGGUCUGGACGAUGGGUAUGGCGGACCCGCGGUGGCUGCAGACGGACCGGCGCCACCCAUGUUGGCCAACCUGACGUCCGACCGACCGGACUUUACGCURCGACAACUGUCACCGUCAGUCGGGCUCCGAUUGGCCGUUUACGCGUACAACUCGCGCGGCACCAGCGACCGCACGUGGCUUACCGCUUACACACUCAACUCGGCCGACAAGCAGACCACUUCCGGUUCGUCUGCCGUUGGAGCUGGUGGCAACGAACGUUUCCGGCUGACGCCAGUGGUCGCCGGUCUUUUGGCUAUCACCAUUGUGUCAGCCGUGGCUGCGGCUGCGGUGAUGUGCGCACUCCGUGUGCGAUCUCAACGACACCGGAACCAGCGCCGGCAGGACUUGUGCGGGGCCGGAACUGGUAGCGUUAUGGGCGGAGGUAUUGGUGGUGGGGCUGCCGUCAUCGCCGUGUGCAAGCAAAAAGCUGAUGACGACGAUGGUGACUACGCGGCUGCGACAUCAGACCCAGACAAAAAUCCAGACCUGAUCCCACCGACGAAAAUCAAAAGCGGAAGCAGGGGCAAUAUCGGAUACCGUGUUGUCCAACAGUCGAUGAUGGGAUUAAAUGACGACGAUGAUGAAAACUUGGAUGCUGCCGAAUCAUCAGACGAUGAACGAUCCGGUUACCCGAUACUUCCGGUCGACGGUAUAGGCUCUCGCCCAUCUGUCAAUUCACUCCGACACCCCGCUACAUCAGCUGGCCCUGGCUAUAGCAACAACGGCUACAGGCCUGAACAACAUAUGUCGACAACCAUUGCGGUAUCAUCCCGAUUACCACCUUACCAUCAUCGGGAAAUCGUUACGGUUCGAACUCCAUUGAUGUCUAGCCAACAGGAAAGCUGCGUUUAAAUAUUAUAUUAUUGAAAAUAUGUAUUCAAUAUUCAUAUGAUAAUAUUGUUUUAUGUAAUUUCUACAUAAAAUGCAUAGUCCUAUAGUGUUCUAAUUAUUAUUACUAAUAUUACCCAAUAUUAUUAUUAUUAUUAUGAUAAAUUAUAUUGUGAAUGUAUUUUGUUAAUAACUUCCUAAAUGUAUAUUAUACAAAGAUUUUUCUUCUGUUUAUUUUUACCCUUUUCGUUUCUAAUAUUUUGUACUCACUUUGCAUCUAAGUGUUUGUAAUUUUGAACUAUACUAAACUAAUUUUUCGUAUAAUAAUUGCAUUUGAACAACUCCAUAAUGAAGUUUAGAUUUUUUUUUUAGUUGGAAUAUCUUAAUCAUGUCAUGCUUGUCAAGCAUUGGUACUUAAAAUUUGAAAUAAAAUUUUAUUAAUAAAAUUAUAUGUUUAAUUUAAUACGAAAAUAGUAUCACAUAAAUAUAAUAUGUGGUGCAUUUUUUUAAUACAAAAUUGUUACAUUUAGUGAAAAGCUGAAACAUAACGUAAUCAAUCCAUUAAAUUCGUGUUAGUUUGGUUUCACUAAAUCAAAAAUAUGUGUAAUUCAACAAUAAAUUUCAAGUAAAAUGGAAUUUUUUUUUUUUUGAUAGAUUCCAAUACCCACCUAAAUUUUCACACAACAUAAUUUUUUCGUACAAACAUCUUUGUUAUAAACGUGGUUUUAAUCUUGAAAACUUACUCCAAAUACAAUUCCGUGAAAUAAACGUGGGAUAGACUAGAAUAAUUACUGGCAUCUUCAUUUUAAUAUUUAAUUAUUUACWAUUUAAUCUAACCAUGUCAAACUGUAUAAUAAUAAUAUCUAUAUUUAUAACAACCAUAGUGAGUAAUUUACCAAAUUACCAAUACUGCUGGUUCUUUGCAGAGGGAAAUAGUUGAUAAGUGUUAUAAUUUUUGUAAAAAAUGACUUUCAAAUUAUAUGUGUUUAAAUUUAUUAUAUUAAUAGAUAGGUUAUAAUAUUGUUGUUGUUUGUAUUUAUAAAGUUGGAAAACCAUUGUUGAAGUAAAAUUGUCAUAGAUUUGCGCAACAGCGAAAUCGUUAGUUUAAUGAAAAGUAAGAUUGAAAUUUAAAAAAAAAUGUAUAUACAUUUU